UAAGGCAAGACGAACCCCCUAUUUCUCAUUUUCUCUCUCUAAAACACUCUCGUUUCUCUCUCUAGCUUUCGGUUCAAAAACAGAAUAAAUCAAGAAACAGUAAUGGUGAAGGGUCCAGGCCUCUAUCCUGAAAUUGGAAAGAAAGCGAGAGAUCUUCUUUAUAAAGACUACCAGGGUGACCAUAAAUUCGCUCUCACUACGUACGCCUCAAAUGGAGUGGCCAUUACUUCAUCUGGGACCAAGAAAGGUGGGUUGCUUUUAGCAGAUGUUAGCACUCAUCUGAAGCACAACAAUAUCACAACUGAUGUAAAAGUGGAUACCAAUUCCAAAGUUCACACAACCAUCACCGUGGAUGAGGCUGCUCCUGGAGUGAAGGCUUUUUUUAGCUUCAUCUCUCCAGAUCAAAAUUCUGGCAAGUUGGAGCUUCAGUAUUUGCACGAGUAUGCAGGAAUAAGUACUAGCCUUGGCCUGACUGCAAAACCCAUUGUCAACUUCUCUGGUGUUACUGGGAACAAUCAGGCUGCCUUUGGGACAGAUAUCUCGUUUGACACCUCUACUGGGAACUUCACCAGAUGCAAUGCUGGAGUAAAUUUCACCACGUCCGACCUGAUUGCGUCCUUGACGUUGAAUAACAAAGGCGAAUCGCUUACUGCAUCCUACUUCCACAUGGUAAGCCCAAUGACCAAUACUGCUGUUGGAGCUGAGUUGACCCACAGCUUUUCGAGCAAUGAAAACAGUCUCACCAUUGGGACACAACACUCGUUGGAUCCUUUAACUGCAGUGAAAGCUUGUGUAGACAACUACGGGAAGGUAUGUGCUCUUAUACAGCAUCAAUGGCGUCCAAAAUCGCUUGUUACGAUCUCAGGCGAAGUGGACACAAGGGCAAUAGAAAAAAGUGCCAAGAUUGGAUUGGCUGUUGCUCUCAAGCCAUGAAGUUGAGCAUUUUGCUAUUGAGGUUGGUGGCAUCGUGUUGAGAUGCGGAGUAAUAAGGUAGAUAGUGUUGAUUCUUGGAAGCCCUUGUCUUCUUUGUAGACUUUUGAUGUCUUUUAAUAUGGUCUUAUAUUUUUCAUAUUCAAUGGGUUUGGAUUGUAAAAAUUAAAAAUAAAAUAAAAUUACAGGGUCAUGAACUAGAAUGUCUUUUGGAUUUGCUGCACAGAUGUUGAUAGCGGCUCGAUUGUUGAGCUUAAAUUCCAUUAUUGUGCAACAUUUAUUGAUGUUGCUUAUAUAUCACGGUAAUAAGGUCGUUGAACAUUAUGUU